AUGGGGGCCCCUAGAGGAGCGGUAAAGGAAGGGUCUACACCAACUGGACUGGGGGGCCCCCUAGGGGGGCCCCUACGGUCAGUACUUGAUGGCGGGAAUGGGGAAUUCCUAAAGCCUCUCUUUCCUGAGCUGCAAGCCCCACCAGAUGAGGCUCCGACCCAUUCAACAGAAACAUCUUCAACACAAUUCAAAGAUAUACCAGAGAUACCGGAGGAGAUGGUGUCAACCCUUGAAAAGCGAGGGAUUACCAACAUGACAAACAUUCAGGUGUCUUCUUUUAAUCCAAUUUACGAGGGUUUAGAUAUCUUAGGAAGAUCAGAGACAGGAAGCGGCAAGACAUUGGCCUUUCUUGUCCCUCUCCUGUCCCGUAUGCUGCAGCAGCAGCAGCAGCAGCAGCAGCAACCAGCAGCAGCAGCAGCAGAAGAAGAUAGUGCAGCACGACCGCGGUUGUUGAUUCUCGCACCCACAAGAGAGUUAGCUCGUCAGGUACAUGGAGAAUUAGAGGCAAUAGGGGGCCCGCUAGGGUUUACGUCUGUUUGUGUGUAUGGUGGGGUCCCGCUGCAGCAGCAAAUAAGACAGAUACGUCUCCUAUCCCGACAGCAGCAGCAGCAGCAGCAGCAGCAGCAGCACCAGCAGCAGCAGCAGCAGCAGAGGAGGAGAAAGGGUUUAGAUGCUGUUGUUGGUACACCAGGAAGAGUAAUGGAUCUUAUGGGUUUAGGUACAGAUGAAUCAAGACCUAACACUGCUAUUCUUGACAUGAGUGGCGUGCAGCACGUAGUGUUGGACGAAGCAGACGAAAUGUUGCGCUUUGGAUUUGCUGAGACAGUUGAUUUAAUUCUUUCUUCUGUAUUAACCUCUCGUUGUACACCCGAGCAGCAGCAGCAGCAGCAGCAGCAGCAGCAGCAGCAGCAAGAGCAAGAGCAGCAGCUUCUCUUAUUCUCCGCUACACAACCUAGCUGGGUAAUACAUUGUGGUGUAUCUGAGGAUAGUGACGUGUUCGUACACCGCAGCGGUCGUACAGGAAGGGCAGGAAGGGAAGGAGUAUCCUUAUUGUUGCAUACACAAGAAGAAAGAAAAAAUAUUAAAGAAUUAGAAUAUAAAUGUGGUAUCAAAUUUGAACACAAAGAACUGCCCACUAUGAAUGAUGUGCUGGAGGCUACGUCUGCAACAACUAGCCAUCAAUUAGAUGAGGUUCGUCCUUCUAUUUUAUCUUUUUUUUUAUCUUCUGCUGAUGAUUUAAUAAAAAGAGCAGAAAAAGAAAAAAUACAACAAAAAGAAUUAUUAGCAAGAGCAUUAGCUGUUGCUGCAGGAUUAAAGGAUGUACCAACCCGAUCAUUAAUAACAUGGCGAUUAGGGGAUUUAACCUUACAAAUAAAAAAAAAAAAAGAAUGGAGAUCUUAUAGACAAGUAGAGGAAUGGUUAGUUAUAUAA